GACAACCGAGCCGAUGCAUAUCACUCUAAAAUAAGCACAUCCGAAAACGUAGAAUAGUUUCAUACUAUAAACAUCUAAUAAUGACAACAGCAACAACGGAAUCUAAAAAAAAAAUUCCCCCCCGGUUUCAAAGGUCGAUAAAUCAUCCGAAUUCUGCCUUCCUCGGGAGGAUUGUUUUGUUGGAAAAAAAAGAUUUUUUUUCUUUCUAAAAUCAGGGAAAAAAAAACCGCGGUUCAAUCCCUUCCCCACAUUCUGAUUGCACCAUAAACAAAUCGUUUCCCUCAGUUCCUUAAUCUAGCAGACGCCAUCAAUGGCUCUAACCAUUGGUGAUAUUCCUUAAUAUCCAUCUGUAGAACUUGAAAAAACAAAAAAAAAAAGGAAAAAAAAGAGGUAAAAAGGUUUGAAGAAUUAAUUACCUGAGACUAGGCUCAGGAUGGCCUUGAGGAGCCUAAUCCUAGGCCUCCUCUCCUUUAUCCUCCUCUUCCACCUCCUGGUUAGCUCCACGACCACCAUGGCCCUUCGUGUCGGGGUCGUUCUAAGGAAGCCGUUGGAGCCAGCUCUGCCUGUUUUCCGGGAAGCCCCGGCUUUCAGGAACGGGGAUCAGUGCGGGACCGGCGAGUCUGAUCAGAUUCACAUCGCCAUGACCCUUGACACCAACUACCUCCGUGGGACAAUGGCUGCCGUCUUGUCCCUGCUUCAGCACUCCACCUGCCCUGAGAACCUCUCCUUUCAUUUCCUCUCCCUUCCUCAUUUCGAAACCGAGCUCUUCACCAGCAUCAAAUCCACCUUCCCCUAUCUCAGCUUCAAGAUUUACCAGUUCGAUCCUAACCUCGUCCGCAGCAGAAUAUCGAAAUCGAUAAGGCAGGCACUUGAUCAGCCUCUGAACUAUGCGAGGAUCUACCUCUCGGAUAUCCUCCCUAGCAACGUUGACAGGAUUAUCUAUCUGGAUUCCGACCUCGUCGUUGUGGAUGAUAUAGAAAAGCUGUGGCAUGUGGAGAUGGAGGAAAAAGUCGUGGCAGCUCCUGAGUAUUGCCAUGCCAAUUUCACCAACUACUUCACAGACACUUUCUGGUCAGACCCGGAACUGGCUAAAGUGCUCGAAGGAAGACACCCGUGUUAUUUCAACACAGGGGUGAUGGUCGUGGAUGUGGAGAAGUGGAGGAAAGGAGGCUAUACACAGAGAGUAGAGGAGUGGAUGGCGGUGCAGAAGCAGAAGAGGAUAUACCAUCUCGGAUCAUUGCCUCCGUUCCUGCUGAUAUUUGCCGGAGACAUAAAGGCUGUGACCCACAGGUGGAACCAGCACGGGCUCGGGGGCGAUAAUUUUGAAGGGAAAUGUAGGACGUUGCACCCUGGUCCGAUCAGCCUUCUUCACUGGAGUGGAAAAGGGAAGCCGUGGCUGAGGCUGGAUUCGAGGAAGCCGUGCAUCGUCGAUCAUCUCUGGGCUCCGUAUGACCUGUACCGUUCGUCGAGACAUUCAUUAGAAGAGUAGAGAGCAAGAGUUGGACAAACACUAAAAGGCCAUUGGGGGGAGAGCACUUUUUUUUUUCCCGUUUGGUUACAAAACAAGUGAAAGCAUAGUAAGAAAAACGAGGAACUAAGAGAGAAACCAAACACACUGAUGCAAGAGUCGAUGUGCAUUUAGGUUCGGGUGGUAUCCAUAAAGACGAUACCUUUUUUUUCCUCCUCUCUUUCGUUUUCUGCUUCUUGCUCUCUGAAUUCAACUCUUGGAAUUCCGCGUUGUACAAUAAAUAGGUAGCAUUACUGCACAGAAGUAGGAUUUGAUUCA